AUGGAAAACAGCAACAGAACCUUUGUGACAGAAUUCAUCCUUUUGGCUUUCUCUGAGUUUCAUCGGUAUCAGAUUUUACUUUUUACUCUUAUCCUAUUUGCAUAUAUUGUUUCUAUUGCUGGAACUAUGACCAUUCUUCUGCUGAUCAUAGUGGAACAGUCUCUCCAUGUGCCCAUGUAUUUUUUCAUUAGCAUAUUCACUGCUGAAGAAAUGUUGUUUUCGUCUGUUGUAUUUCCAAAGCUGUUAGUCAUCCUAAUAGUACGUGAUCAGAAAAUAUCCUUCGUAGGUUGUUCUGUACAGUUAUAUUUCUAUCUGACUUUGGGACAAGUUGUAAGUAUAUGCAUCGUGAUAAUGGCUUAUGAUAGGCACUUGGCCAUUAACAAGCCAUUGCACUAUAUAGUAAUUAUGAAUCAAACCCUCUGUAUAGGACUAGUGAUUAUUUCAUGGAUUUUUAGCUUGUCUAGCUCUUUAAUUUUGACACUGCUUACAGUGUUUUUGGAUUUUUGUGGCCCUAAUGAGAUCAAUCAUUUCUUCUGUGAUGCGGGUCCAGUGCAGAGUCUGGCAUGUUCAGAUACAUAUGUCACCAAGGCAAUGACAACCACAGCUGCCGCCGAAAUAUCCAUUGUCCCAUUCAUGAUAAUUGUUGGGAUUUACACCAAAAUCAUUAUGACUAUUUCCAAGGUAAAGAGUUCUUCAGGAAAACAGAAAGCGUUCUCCACAUGUUCAUCUCAUCUUAUAGUCACUAUGUUACUUUUCUUCACGGUCUUUGUUAAAUAUCUUAGACCUUAUGACUAG